AAUCGGCUGACAUUUUUAAUUUGACGUUUUGUUUUCUUCAAUCAAUUCAUCUAUCGGUAAAUACCUACCGCAGUUUUUUUUACUGAUUUUGCAUAAUAAGUUAAAAAAAGAAUCGAUUCUUAAAAUGUUUUGUUCUCGCAAGAGAACCUAAAAUUCAAUGGCAUGCAGUAAUGGAGUUCAAUGAAUAUCAGACAAAAGAGGUAUUGGACCCGGUAGAUAUAGAUUAUUACUGUGAUCGAUCACGUACACCGAGCCCGACGCCCGUAUUCAACACAAAUGUAUGUUGCGAUUUGGAAGACAUUUUGAGCGACGCUAUAUCAGAAACUCUGCAAGGCUCUCUCCGAGUGAGCUGCAGCCAGCUGAUAAACCAGGAGCUUACAAUAAGACCGGAGGCCAACAUAGAGUCUAACGUACCAGAAGGAUUGGAUCUUUACAAGGUCAUCUACGAAGUGGAGAGCGAUACCGAGGUUAAGAUGAGUGAUGUGGAAGGUGCCGCAGUCCAGAAUAAUUCACUGAGUGAACAGGACUCGUGCCGUCUGGUGGGCGGUUCGAAGUUCUACGAGAUGCUAGACAGUGCUACGUCAGCGGACGUGUCCACGCCGUCGCCCACCGAGAAGCACGACCACAUGAAGCCUACCGAGAGCGAUGACGAAGUUUCAGACGUAGACCAAGAGUGCACGGUGUUCAGCGGAGUCAGUUACUUGGGCGCUCAGAACAUAUCCGACCCGAAAUCCGAGAGUGACAUACAACGCAUCAUGAAGGAGCUCAGCUCUAUGCCUGAGAGUAGGGAUGGGAUCGCCGUAUCGAUAUCGAUACCUGUGUGCUCUCAAGGACUUGUCGUGUUAUACCAAGCCGACAGCAACAGCGUGAUGACUCGCUACGCAGUGAACCGCAUCUCGUUCUACGCUCGCGGCGCCGCCGGCUCCCCGGUAGCGUCGUGCUUCGCCUUCACCUGGUCCCAUGGAGAAACUAAGGAGUCUGCCGUCUAUAGGUGCCAUGUGUUCCGCUGUCACAUCGCUGAGGCUGUCAAUCAAGUGUCAAGCUGCUUUGCGAAAGCAUUCGAGAGGAUCCCCCGGUCCAUGGCCUCCUCUCUCGUGGGUGAGCUGAGCGCAGCGCCCUCUAUGACCGGCUCGCUGACGGAAGGCACCGGCCCAGCCGUGCCGCCGAUGCAGCUCAUGCAUGUGCUAGAGUGUACCGUGGAUAUCAAGGAGACUGAUGCUAAGGGCACAUUCAGCCAUGUACCGAAAGAGCGUCUCGGCUUCAAGCUGCGCGGCGGCAUAGACAAACAAGUGACCAUCAACGUGAAGCAAGUCACAAACAACAUACAGCCGGAGUCGGAUGAUCCACAGUCAACAUACACCGGAGGAUUAUACAUUGAGCGAUGCUUUGGUAUCUUACUCGCUCCUGGCAGGAGCGUCAAACACUCAGACAUGAGAUUAUUAGAAAUGGUAAGCGGCUCAUCAGGCGGUUCAGGGUGUUCAGUCUGCGCUCUCUGGAACGCGGGCGAGUCAGCGCUGGCGGCCUUCAACGUGGCCAGCGGCGACGGAGCGCCUGCAUACAUGUCUCUAGCUUUGGAUCUCGUUAUUAGAGGCAUUCCUGAUCCUUUGAGGCUGGUCAUCGAGACUCCCGUCAAAAUAUUCCCGCCAACAGAGAGGUUUUGGUAUUACUCGAAGAGGCCGCUCGUGCAACAGUUUUACAUCAACCUGAAAGAGUCAGUAGACGCUCUCGGCCAACUCCAAUACGAGGUAGCGAGUAUCGAGACAUCGGAUGAACUGGAUCGAUCCAGAUUGAACUUGCCGCUGUCGCUGUCCAGUCUGCUUCCCUCGCCGCUGUCUACUGCGCCUGCGCCGCCUUCGCCUUCUGAACCUGAUUCUGAUGGUGAUGAGCCUCUUCUAAGUGGCACUGGUGAAGUGUCAAAGGACUGCGGCGAAGACGUACUCGUUAAUUGGGCGCAAGUACUGAGAAGUUGGACAGGCCCUCGACCUCGCGCAUUGAACCACUUAGUACGCGUUGGUGUGCCCGAAGCGUUGCGCGGUGAGGUGUGGCUGCGGCUGGCCGGCGUCGAUCAAAACGAUAAGCUUAUGGAGACUUACAGGACGCUUAUUAGCAAGGAUUGUCCCUUCGAAGCGGUAAUCCAACGCGACAUCGCCCGCACGUUCCCUGCACACGACUUCUUCCGCGAAGCCGGCGGCCUCGGACAGGACUCGCUGCUGCGCAUGGCCAGAGCUUAUGCCGUGUAUGAUCAUGAAGUCGGAUACUGUCAGGGACUUAGCUUCCUGGCUGCUACGCUGCUGUUACAUAUGCCAGAAGAGCAAGCAUUCUGUCUUCUAGUCAGAUUGAUGUACGGUUAUGGACUCAGGGAACUGUACAAAGACGGCUUCGAAGCUCUCUACAUGAGGCUGCAUCAACUCGACAGGCUGAUGGAGGAACAACUAACAGACCUUCGUGCUCAUUUCCAAGAGUUGGGAGUAGAACCACACAUGUUCGCGUCACAAUGGUUCCUUACUGUGUUCACGGCGCGUUUUCCUUUGCCACUGGUAUACCACAUCCUAGACGUGUUCCUGCUACAAGGCAUCGACACGUUGUUCCAAGUGGCGCUGGCGUUGCUGUCGCGAUCCCGCAAGGAUCUGCUGCAGCAUGACUUCGAAGGAGUACUCAAGUAUUUUAGAGUAACGUUACCAAAGAAGUGUCGUGCGGAGGAGUCGUCGCGACAGAUCGUGAAGCUGGCCUGCAGCAUCAAGGUCAAGCGUCUGCCCAAGUACCAGCAGGAGUAUGAGAAGUUUAUCAAAGAAUCCGCUGAGAAAGAGAAGAUUAACGUGGAACUAGAGAGGCUGAAAGUUAUCAACACACAACUGCAACAAGAGAAAGAGUUGCUAGAAGCGCAACUGACUGUGGCUCGUUCAUCAGCAGAAGAAAGCCAGAAGGAGGCGUCCCACUACGCGGCCGUAGCGCGGGACUACCGCGAGAUAUGCGCCAGACUUGAUAAACAGUUGCACAAUAUGCAGGACUCAGUAAAAGACUGCGUAAACUGCACAGUGAAGUUAGCGCAAAAGGAUAACAAAGAAGAGUCAGAACAAAAAGGCGAUGACAAAGAAGGCUCGAGCGAGACGGAGGCGCGGCUGCGACAACGUGUGCGGGAUCUAGAACUGGAACUCGCGCAGGUCAAGCUCGCGCAUGUGCAGGCGCAGUGCAGUAAUCAGGAGCUGAGCCAUCAACUGACAGUCGCUCUCAACGAAGUACAAGCUGCCGUCAACCAGAAGCAAUCCGUUGCUCCGUGGCUAGUGCGUACUCUUGGUUCCAUCAUGGAAGCAGCACAGAACAGGCCCUCAUUCCAGACAUACCUACCCAAUAUUAACCCAGACCAACCUUCAAUGCCGUUACACCGACAAGGUUCCUUCUCCAGCGGUCAAAGCCACAGCCACGCGAACCUAGACCGACGCGUCUCCGAACCUUACAGCCCCGACGUAGUACGGAGGAAGAAGGAUCUAAACGCCACCAAACGACAUUCCAUGCUCGUCGAGUCGAACUUAAGCAAAGAAGCUAAAGAAAUCAACCGACGGAGCCAUGACGUCACCAUCGUCAAAAACCUCUCAAUGGGUUGACAAUACACUCCGGUUAGUACGAUAUAAAACGAUUAUUUUAUUAUACCUCGUAUUAUUUCGGUGUGAGAAGGAAAGUUAAACGCCGCUACGAGUGUACAGUCCGCAGCGCAAGUUGACGCGAUUAAGUAUGCGACGCUAUGUAAUUUUUGUACGAAACUUGUGGCGCCGGGUGUACGUGUGCACAUACCCAUAACACUAGUCAUAAUGUAAUGUAAUCGAGCACUUUUAUUGUAUUUACCGAUUGGAGUAUUCUAGAUAUUGGUUACCUAAGUCGUCUCUAUAUUUCAAUACGGUCAUAUUUUUCGUUUAGCCAUUCCAGUGAUUUUUUUGUGUGAAUCUCUCGUUCUUAUGAAGGUACAGCCGAUAUAUUGAUAUUAAUAAGUACAUAUUGAUAAAUAAAAUAUGCCCCAAGUUUGGUUUUGUUUGCAAUAUUCUUUAAAUUAAACCAGUGUUUUUGUGUUCAAGAUAAUAAUAACCAAUAGACACUAAUUUACCCGUAAUGAGGUUUUAUAUUGAUUGAUGAAGAGAUGAAGAUACCCUAUAGUUUUUAAUUUACCCUUAUUUAAUUUAAAAAGUAAUCUAGUUUUUUUUCUACGUUCGUUAUUCACGCAAAAGUGUGUGCCUUCUGGCUUAGCUUAAGUAAUCAUAGGCGUUAUAUUUAUUGUGAUUUUACAGUAUUUCGCACAUACUAUCUAAUUUAUCCAUUUCAUGUCAUGAAUAUUUAUUACUAUGUAUAACAUAUCGGAAAGAAGCAAUACAUUAUUAUUUAAAAAUAUAAAAACAAAAUGAUAUUAAAUAAUUAUAUCAUUUACAAUAAAGCAAAUAGGUUGAUUAUCUUGUAUACUUAUUAUGAUCAAAAUUGUGUAAGACUGUUUCAAAAAAGAAUCACGAGAUGUCUAUGCCUGCUAACUACUAGCAUACAUUUCGUAAGAUUAUUCUUUUAGACCCAAAUAUUAUGAAAGCUUCAAAAUAUUAAAUCGCACCAUACUUGUGAUCUUAUGAAUGAUAAUAGAAAGUGGUUAAGGUGCACUUUCUAAGUAAAAAAUAUUUCAUAAAAAUUUCGAUAAGUAGGCUAAAAACGUUAGGAGGAAGGAUACGAAAAGCAUUUGUGGGACCUAAAGAACUAAUCGAUAUUAUUAUCUAUAAUUUAUUUGUUUAUUGGUCGUCGCUCUAUAAUUUCUUAUGAAUAUACAAAUUAAUUUAAUUUAUCGUUAAUGAUUGAUAAUUAUUUUCUUUUGUUAUUUAAAAAUAGCUUUUAAUAUUCGCCAUAGGAUAAUUUAAAGCGUUAGAAUCUAUAUUGAAAAUAAAGGUGUAAUAAUUAUUGAACUAUAUAAUUCGAUUAUCUAUAAGUGAAAGAGUAUUUAUGAUGUAUUUUAUAAAAACGUAUAAACAUGAAUAUUAACAAAAUGCUUCGUGAGCGCUUCGCUUAUAGGAAAUUGUAUAAGAGUUGCAUUUUUCUUUUACCGAUUGUAUUUUUAAUGAAAACUCGAGCUGAAUUAUCAUUUUAUUGUGUAGGGCACCACCACCCCUCUGCUUUGUCUUAUCCGUAAGAAUAUAAGAAGCGAGUAGGUUUUGUCUCUACAAUAUAUAACAAAAAAAAACAUAGGUUGCACUUGGGGCAGUAAUGUUGGCACACAAUUAUUUUCAAUUACAUAUUAGUGCUCUAAAUUCCUGCUGCAAAAAGUUAACAUUUUACAAAAUGUCCAAUUCUAUAUAACGUACUAACUGCCAUAGAAUAGGUGUGUAAAUGUUGAAAGUUAUUUUUUUUUAAUAAAAAAUCCAUUCCCAUUAUAAUUAUGUUAAAGACUACAGAAUAAUCUAAAAGUUACUUUAUUUUUCAGUAUUUAAAUAUCUAAUGAAAAUAAUUUUUCGUAUAAAUGACAAAAACAUUCCUAUCACAUCUUCAACAUUAUGUUUAAAUUCAAAUUAUGUGUAAAUAUAGAUACCCAUACAUACAAAAAAUGCAAAUUAUUACACCGCUUAUUAUUAAAAGUAAAUUAAUUAAUUGAUGUUAUGUUCGUUUGAAGUUUAUUGUAAUAAGUUAAAAAUAUAUCAAAAAUAAAUACUUGUAAUGAUAUUAUUUCGAUAUCUCUGGUAUUAAUGCUCGCUAAGUUUGUAUAUUAUCUGUUAAUGGGAAAAUAUUUCGAAGGAUUAUUUUAUGUCAAAACUUCCCAGUACCUAUGUUAUUUCCUUAUCCGUACCUGUAAAUUAUCUUAUGAAAAUUAUUUAUGCAUACUUUUUUAUGCUAGCUAUACUAUACUUUUGCUAUACUUUUGCUGUUAAUGAAUAUCACUUGAUUGACAAUAAUAUUUUGAUGUCUUAUGUAUAGAUUGUAUUUUUCAGUUUUUAUUUAAUUUAGACUGUAAAACUGCGUUUACGGUUCAGUAAGACAUGUUAAUGAUGACAUUUGCAAUGCAGAAAAAUACAUUUAUUUUGCUGGCAUGGCAGGAGUCUUUUACGAAUGAGAAAUUUUAAUUUAAAUGACUUGAAUGGUGUUUUUUAAAAAGAAGCUUUAUGUUGAACAUUUGUAAGUAGAUAUUUCAUCGUGAUGUUGUAUACACGUAUUCAUCACAACUAUGCCAUAUUGUAUUAUACUUCGCGACCAUACUGUCGUUUGGAUGAAGGAUUUAAAUUAUUAUCUAGAAUUCCCCCUUCUACGUCUUAUUGUACAGAACUUAUUUUGAUCUCUAAUUUAAUUAUUAUUAUAUGAAUAUUAUUUAUUAGAAUUCGGAAAAUACGAUAUAAUUAAUUAUAAAGAAAUAAUAUGAUAUUCAAUUAAUAUAUAUUGCUUUUAUUAUGAAAAUGUAUAAACCAAAUCUUUGCUUUGCAUUAAGAUAUUCACCAAUGUUUUAUCUGUAGCUACAAUUAUCUUUAGUCAAACUAUUUUGUGAUAUUUUAAGUUCGAGUCGACGGCAAGCGUAAAAAAGGAGCAAAAAUAUGUGAAAAAGAAUGUUUGCCGUCGGCUUCUCUCGCCAUAACUACUCUGUACGUAUAAACAGCUGCUUAGCAAUGUUGUAGAAGAUUAUGUUCGAAUAGUGAAGUAGUUACAUAAACAAUAACGGCUUUAUAAAUAACGCAGAUAUCAUUAGAUAGUGAUGCAAAGUUUAGAGUGAGUUGUAAUCGCUGAGAAAUGUUGUUUUAGUCUAUCAUUUAUGGAAAAUAAACAUUUUACAAAGAU